AGGUUAUCCUCAUGUUUGUUGGCAGGGUCCAUAGUAUGUUAGCGACAAAGAAAGAAAGACUGAACGGUUUGUCUUGAAUGGUCCCAGCCCACUAAAUGCUUGUGACGGUGAAAACAAAACCAAACCGUCGUAGAAGGCACAGUUUUGUUUUCCUCCCCUCUGCUUCACUUUCGUUUUCUUCCUGUUCUGUCGCUCUCCUCGGCUUGCCAGAGGGCAGGCGCUCUGAGUGUCCGUGUAUGCAUGCGUCCCAGUGGUUAUAUUAGCGCUGAUCCUUCUCUGGAGCUCUUGUCUGUCUCUGCGCACUCAUCAUGAACACACUCCCAGCGUACUCGGGAGCCAGGAUAUCAGGCUGCUGGGCUCUUAGGGCAGAUGGAAGUGGCGGUGGGGAAGGCUCUCUGGACAGGCUCCUCCCAACCAUCAACACCAGCCUGGCGCCACGGAAACGAACCACCAGCCAGUGCAAAUCGGAGCCUCCGCUGCUGCGGACCAGUAAGAGGACCAUCUACACCGCCGGACGCCCGCCGUGGUACAAUGAACACGGGACCCAGUCCAAAGAAGCUUUUGUUAUCGGGCUUUGCGGAGGCAGUGCCUCAGGCAAAACAACAGUUGCUCGUAAAAUUAUCGAGGCCUUGGAUGUUCCUUGGGUCGUUCUUCUGUCAAUGGAUUCAUUUUACAAGUUUUGGAGACAGGCCGAAUGGUUUUGAAGUAAGCGAAAUGGCAGAAAUGGGCAUAGUGGCUGAAAUGGAUGAAUAUUUUCUUCUGUUACAAUUCCUUGAAGAUAUACAGUACGUGAAAAACGUACCCAAAUCCUUGUGGUUUGUUAGGUUGCA